AUGGCACAAAUUCGUGCAGCAAGUCGGCGGUCAUCCACAGCGAGUCUGAGCAGCGUCUUGCGGAAGUUGGCCAUUGUCAUUGUGGGAUGCAUGGUUGUCAUUGUUCGAGUUUCAAGUCCAGAGAGCGUUGAAUUGAAUGUGAAUGAUCCGGAACGAGUUCAGCGACAACAACAAAUACAACAAAAUCACCAAAAGCCAGUAUCAACGACCCGUCAGUUGGAAAUGCAAAAGCCUCCAUUGUCCCCUAAUUUGGAAAGUGCGAUUGCGAAACCAAUUACAGAACCAUCCAAUUCCAAAGCAUCCGAAAAGAGCGAUGAAGAGAGCGAUGAGGAGGAAUCAGAAUCAGAUGAAGAGGAGGACGAGGGCGAGAGAAAAUCAGAGACAGAACCACCAGUAGCUACGCCGACAGACCCUCCAACUGGAGGACCUACUACUUCUUCUUCAGCAGAAACAACAGCAACAGCACAGGCAUCCAGAACAAGUUGCCAGAGACAUUGUCCCAAACGAAUCAAUCGCAUAUUCUUUCACAACAAACCAGCUGGUCUUUUGGAUCGAGAGCUGACGUAUCACGUAAUGUCCAAUCUUGCUGGAUACUUGUGCGCUCUGGUGGAGAUUCCACCGCCAUCCGUAUCGCUCCAAGCGGUUCACAAUCACAACAAAAUGGUCGACACGGAACUCCGAUGGAUUGAUUUUUUCAACAUGACCUUUGUGGAUGAUGGAACAUCAUCAUUACUGGAGGCAAACGAUAAUCCAAAGUUUCCAGCAGACGUAUAUUGGGGUAGUUCUGGAACCUACAAACAAGCGGAUUAUCCUGGAUGGAAAAUUGUGGUUACGUCUAAGAAGGACAACAUGACUGAACAUUACCAGGAAUUGCAAGAGUUUUCAUUCCAACAAUCGCCGGAUGCCGAAACUGGCUUUAUUUGGGAAAUUCACAAGCCAUACUUCAAAUCCGAGCUGCGGAAAUCUGAUACCUUGCCAGAGCUGCCGGAAGACCUCCAAGCAAUGCUUGGCUCCUCCUAUUCUCCCAGUAUGCAACCCUUCUUGCGCUGGAGUCCCAGCAAUGUGACUGGAUGCAACUAUGUAGAUGACGAUCAAUAUAGAAUGUCACCAACUCAGUUGGAACCCAUCCGAGAAGCCAUACGGGCCCGUGUUCGAUCUCUGGCUCCAUCCAACACCUCUGUCUUUGGUUUCUUUCACAUUCGACGAGGGGAUGGUACCAAAUCCUGCAACACCACAUUGCCCGUCUUGAAAGAAUUUUUUGAUUGCUCCAUUGCUGGAACGGAACAAACUGGAAAACAUAUUACCUUCUUGUUGGGAAGUGACGAACACGACGACGAGUACCGGCAGGCAGUCAUGGACUUGAGCAAGGAUGUACCACACAUUUCUAUGCUGGAUGCUGACAAGAUUGUCGACUCGACCAUGCAGGAAAUGGCAGAAAAUGGACAAAUGCCCAAGAGAUACAUGAACAACUACCAUCAGUUUGAGUUUCUGAAAACACUGGGUAUGGAUCGAAAGUUCGACUUUGCAUCCGUACAUCUCAUUCGAAGACGGAAUGUGGAUUGUCAAGAGUGCACUAAUUUAUUGAAAACAUAUCCAGAAGCCUGGUCAUAA